AUGGUCGCCUCAUUCAAACUUGUUUCAGUUCUGGCUCUGGCCAUUUCCGCAGCUGCUGUACCGCUCGAAAAACGCUACGAGGGUCCCGGCAUCAUCCUUAUCAACAAGGGCAGUGGACCUCAGAAUCUCACUUUCUACAGAAAUGCCUGGGAUGGUGUAGGAACGGCAGGACCCAGAUAUGGCCUUGAUCACGAACCAAACCCUCCAACACUUCAGCCAGGCGAGGAAAAAUUUGUUCCCCUCGACAUGGCAUUCAAAGGUCGUGUCCAACGAGGCAUUGACCAACCCGCCACUUGGGCCGAAUUCCAAAUCUCUGCCGAUAACGCCAACCCUCCGCCUGGAAGUAAAGCAGUUCCUGACGGAAAUGACAAAGCUGCCCAUGGUGAUAUAUCCGUUCAGCAGGGAAAUGAUGGUCCUGUAACGAUAAAGAGCCGUACAACUGGAAAAGUAGGUGGUUUCACAGAAGAUUACAUCACUGGUGCUUGGGAUUCAGCAAUAGCGCGCAAUGAUGCCGGACUAUGGGGUGUGAACAACAGCAUCCGCUUGAAGGAUGGAAAGACAGCGCUUUCCUCGACAAUGGGAAAUUGGGACAUGAAGAAAAACAAUGAUACUGUCGACUGGUACAUCAGCAAAGGUGCCGACAAGACGAAGUUCUAUUUCCACAAUGGCUUAAAAGGUCCAAGCGACAAGGGUGUUGAUGAUGUCUCGAGCGCGGACAACCAGCUUGAAGUCACUUUCUAUUAA